UUGUGUGCUGGCUCCUCCCCUGGGCCCAGCGGGGCUGCUGUGGCCCCUGGGGUGUUAUAAAAAGGCCUCUGAGCUCCCCCUGCUCUGGUAAAGAGGCUGAAUGUCUGCGGGACAUACUUAACGUUUGUCUAUCCAUGUUCCUCUACUAACAACCAGCAGGGUUGGCACUUGGGCGCACAGAGACUGGCCUUUUGCUCCCCAAAGGAGCUCUCUGUGAAAGCAAUCCAAAUUCAGAGCAACAGUCUGUUUACAGUUGCAAACUUUUUACCAUUUUCUCCUGUCCUUUUUGGGGGUUUUACGCUCAGCCAUUUCUCUGAGGAGAAACAUCUCAUUUUAGCUGCUUAGUUAUUUUCUUCUGUUGACUUUUCACCAUGUGGGAGUUCAAGUCCAUGUCCUUCUGGCGGGCUGUGUUUGCCGAGUUCUAUGGCACGAUGUUCUUUGUAUUCUUUGGGCUGGGGGCAGCCCUCCGCUAUACCACUGGGCCCCUCAAUGUUCUCCAUGUGGCCUUUUGCUUCGGGCUGGCGGCUGCCACCCUCAUCCAGUCCAUCGGCCACAUCAGCGGGGGACACAUCAACCCAGCUGUUACCUUUGCCUACCUGAUCGGCUCUCAGAUGUCUCUGUUCCGUGCUUUCUUCUACAUCGUGGCCCAGUGUCUUGGAGCAGUGGCCGGUGCUGCUGUGCUUUACGGGGUCACGCCCACCAACUUGAGAGGAAACCUAGCCCUAAACACGCUGCAGCCCGGCAUCAGCCUCGGCAUGGCCACCACCAUGGAGGUCUUCCUCACCCUGCAGCUUGUCGUCUGCGUCUUUGCUGUGACUGACGAGAGGCGCAAUGGACGCCUGGGCUCUGCUGCCCUGGCCAUCGGUUUCUCCGUGCUCAUGGGGCAUCUCCUCGGGAUAUACUACACCGGAGCCGGGAUGAACCCAGCAAGGUCUUUCGCCCCUGCCGUCCUGGUCAGGAAUUUUGUCAACCACUGGGUGUACUGGGUGGGUCCCAUGAUCGGCGGUGCCCUGGGUGCUCUGCUGUAUGACUUCCUGCUGUUCCCGCGUGACCGCGGCCUCUCCGAGAGGCUCGCCACCCUCAAGGGUACCAGGCCAUCAGUGGCCGAGGGACUGCAGGAUACCAGGGAGCCCAUUGAGCUCAAGACACAGGCCCUAUAA